AUGGUUCGGAAUUUGCUAAUUCAGCGCUCAUGGGGACUUCAUGGAACACAACUGCCCCCAAAGAAUGAGAGUGGCUACAUCUCCAUCAUGGAGCGCCCUAAGGACCCCAACGUUUACCAGCCAGUGUCCUCGCCUCCUCCAGCCUCCUGCUCUUGGGAACCUCCUACCAGUGGCUUCCCUCGAGCUGGGGCCCAAGCGGUGCCCCCAGGGCAGGGGGUGCCCAUGCAACCCUCUGGGCUCAAUACUGUCCUCAGCCUCAUUUCACAGACACUGAAAUCAGGAGCAGAGGGGGAUUCGGUCAGGCCCCAGACCCCCAGGGUGAGGAAAAGAGAAAUCCGAGCGGAGAUCCAGCAGGAGGGUCCUAGUCCAGAGGUUGAUAAAAGAGAGGAAGAGGAGGAGGAAGAUGGCAUGGGGCCUUGUCCGCCAGUCACCCCGAAGAACUGCCUUGCUCCCCGGGGCAUCAGCGUCCUGGAGAAACUCGUCAAAACGUGCCCGGUGUGGCUGCAGCUGGGCCUGGGCCGGGCCGAGGCGGCCAGGAUCCUGCACCGGGAGGCAGCCGGGACAUUCCUGGUGCGCAGGGACAGCUGCUCGAAGCGCCUGGUGCUCUGUGUCCACUUCCCUUCCCUGAACGCGGGCUCGUCCGAGGUGCUCGAGUACACCGUCAAAGAAGAAAAAUCGAUAUUGUACCUGGAAGGCUCGGUUCUUGUGUUUGAGGACAUCUUCAGACUGAUCGCGUUCUACUGUGUCAGUAGAGAUUUACUGCCCUUCACGCUGAGGCUGCCGCAGGCCAUCCUUGAGGCCAGCAGCUUCACAGACCUCAAGACCGUCGCCAACCUGGGCCUGGGCUUCUGGGACUCCUCGCUGAACCCCCGGCGAGCAGCUGGCAGCCCAGCAGAACCCCCAAGAGACCCAGCCCCCAGGGCGCCCCCAGCCUCCAGCCUCAGGUCCACCUCCCAUCAGGAAAACUGCGCGUGUGAAAUUGAGCUCUCGGUAGGAAAUGACCGCCUGUGGUUUGUGAAUCCGAUCUUCAUCGAGGACUGUGGCAGCGCCCUGCCUGCCGACCUGUCACCCCUGAGAAGCUGCCCCUCUGGCCCGUUGCCUCCCACCUCUGACUCUACCUCACCCGCCUCCCGGUGGGCCCCUCGCCGCCCGGCGCCCCCGCCCCCAGCACCUCCUCUCCACCCCCUCAGUCCUGCCCGGCCUCGUCCACCCCCUGCCCCAGCUCCGGCCUGUCCUUUGCCUAGUUCUCCCUCACCUCCAGACGCCCUUCCUCCUGCAUCCCCAGCAUCUGCCCCCCACCUGGCACCCCAUGCCCUAGGCCCCCCGGACCAUCCAAGCCAGCGACCCAUGACAGCCUGUGAGAGGCCUCCAUGCCCCCCCUCAGGCCUGGGCCCCCUCAGGGAGGAAGAGAUGAAGCCAGGGGCGGCCCACAGCCCCUUGCAGCAGGCCCCCGCCCCUCCAGGGCCAGGGAAGAAGGGCGCCCCUGCUGCUCCUCCUCGACGCCGCCUCUCUGAGAAGGUCUCCCUGGAGGACCCGAUUGUGGAGAAGAUGGACAGGGGCACAACCGUACAGUGGGACCAGCCAGGUCUUUCCCGGACACCCCCACUCGGCCUGCCUCCCCAGGGGACCUCAGACAGCCCUGGGGACAGGCCUCAGAGGACCACAGAGCAAGGACAGGAAGUAGUGGCCCAAGCCAGCCAGCUGGGCAUCCUGCCAGAGUCGGCAAGGAAGAUCCGGCAACCCCCAGUCCCUCCUCCUAGGAAGAAGCGGAUUUCCCGGCAACUGGCCUCGGUCCUCCCGAGCCCCUUGGAGAGCGCCGAGCUCUCCACGGAGGGCACAGCCCCUGAGAAACCCACCCCUGGCCCACACGAAGAAGCCCCGCGCCCUGCCUCCCAAGCUGGGACCCCGAGCCCAGAAGCCCAGGCCAGCGCCUGGCGCCAGAGCGCCCCAGAGUUCAAAGGCUCCCUGGCCUCCCUCUCAGACAGUACGGGGGUGCACACCCCGGCCACCGAUCAAGACUCGUACUCGACCAGCAGCACGGAGGAGGAGCUGGAGCAGUUCAGCAGCCCCAACGUGAAGAAGAAGCCGUCCAUGAUCCUGGGCAAGGCGCGGCACCGCCUGAGCCUCGCGAGCUUCACCAGCGUCUUCCAGGCCUUCCUCUCCAAUGACCGCAAGCUGUACAAGAAGGUGGUGGAGCUGGCCCAGGACAAGGCCUCGUACUUCGGCAACCUGGUGCAGGACUACAGAGUGUACAGCCUGGAGAUGAUGGCGCGCCAGGCCUCCAGCACUGAGAUGCUGCAGGAGAUCCGCACCAUGAUGACCCAGCUCAAGAGCUACCUGCUGCAGAGCACCGAGCUCAAGGCGCUGGGGGACCACACGCAGUACUCCGAGGAGGAGCUGGAAGCGAUUGUGGAGUCCGCCUUGUACAAGUGUGUGCUGAAGCCCCUGAAAGAAGCUAUCAACUCGUGCCUUCAUGAGAUCCACAGCAAGGACGGCUCCCUGCAGCAGCUCAAGGAGAACCAGCUGGUGAUCCUGGCCACCACCACCACCGACCUGGGCGUGACCACCAGCGUGCCCGAGGUGCCCAUCAUGGAGAAGAUCCUGCAGAAGUUCAGCAGCAUGCACAAGGCCUACUCUCCCGAGAAGAAGAUCUCCAUCCUGCUCAAGACCUGCAAGCUCAUCUACGACUCCAUGGCCCUCGGCAACCCAGGGAAGCCCUACGGGGCAGACGACUUCCUGCCCGUGCUCAUGUACGUGCUGGCCCGCAGCAACCUCACGGAGAUGCUUCUCAACGUGGAGUACAUGAUGGAGCUCAUGGACCCCGCCCUGCAGCUGGGGGAGGGUUCCUACUAUCUGACCACCACCUACGGGGCCCUGGAGCACAUCAAGAACUACGACAAGAUCACGGUGACCAGGCAGCUGAGUGUGGAGGUGCAGGACUCCAUCCACCGCUGGGAGCGCCGGCGCACGCUCAACAAGGCCCGCGCCUCCCGCUCCUCCGUGCAGGACUUCAUCUGCGUGUCGUACCUGGAGCCGGAGCAGCAGUCGCGGACGCUGGCGUCGCGGGCGGACACGCUGGCCACGGCGCUGGACACCAGGUCUCUGCAGAUCUGCGUGCAAGUCCCAUCGGAACCAAUGUGCGAGCUUAACAACUUCAGCAACAUGAACGGUAUUGCUCGUUUUAAAUGCUCCACUGAUGAUAGUUUAUAUUGA